AGAAAAUGGCGGCUGGAGUGAGACAGGAGCUUGCACAACUUAUGAAUUCAAGCGGAUCUCACAAAGAUCUCGCUGGAAAAUAUCGACAGAUUCUGGAGAAGGCCAUCCAAUUCACAGAUGCAGAACAAUUGGAAUCAUUAAAAGCAUUCGUCGAAGCAAUGGUCAAUGAGAACGUCAGCUUAGUGAUUUCUAGACAGCUGCUGACAGACUUCUGCACAAACAUACCCAGUCUUCCUGACAGCACAGCCAAGUCAGUUUACCACUUCACACUAGAGAAGAUACAGCCCAGGGUCAUCUCAUUUGAAGAACAGGUGGCCUCCAUCAGACAGCACUUAUCCACCAUCUAUGAGAAGGAGGAGGACUGGAGAAACGCUGCUCAGGUUCUAGUGGGCAUUCCUCUGGAGACAGGACAGAAGCAGUACAACGUAGACUAUAAGUUGGACACGUACCUGAAGAUCGCCCGUCUGUACCUGGAGGAUGAUGACCCUGUUCAGGCCGAGGCCUACAUCAACAGAGCCUCUCUGCUACAGAACGAGUCCACCAACGAACAGCUACAGGUCCACUACAAAGUGUGCUACGCCAGAGUGUUGGACUACAGGAGGAAGUUUAUCGAGGCUGCACAGCGGUACAACGAGCUCUCUUACAAGUCCAUCGUCCACGAGACAGAGCGUCUAGAGGCCCUGAAACACGCUCUUCAUUGCACCAUCCUGGCAUCAGCAGGCCAGCAGCGCUCCCGUAUGUUAGCCACCCUGUUUAAAGACGAGCGCUGUCAGCAGCUGGCGGCCUACGGCAUCCUAGAGAAGAUGUACCUGGACCGCAUAAUCAGGGGGAACCAGCUGCAGGAGUUUGCUGCCAUGCUUAUGCCCCACCAGAAAGCCACCACUGGGGAUGGCUCCAGCAUAUUGGACAGAGCUGUUAUUGAACACAACCUGCUGUCUGCUAGCAAACUUUACAACAACAUCACGUUUGAAGAGCUAGGGGCGCUUCUGGAGAUCCCUCCCGCUAAGGACGAUUAUCUCCAUGGUGAGGUCCCUGGUUACAGAUGCAGUCUGGUAGGGAACAUAAUCACUACUUUACUAAUGAAUGGGGUGUGAAACCAAAAAUACAGAACUAAAAUACAGUGAAAUAAAAGCCUUGUUGGCUCUGUCUUUUUCUCUCUCGCUCUCUCAACUUCUUGGUUGAAGACCGAGGUAAUCAGAACGGAAUGUGCACUCCCCUUAUAAUACCAGCUAAAUGCUGUGGCUGAUGUUUUUGUUAACGUAAAGGGUUUCCUUGUAAUUCCUAAAGACUCAUAUUGUGUCAUAUUUAGGGAAGUAGGCCACCUCAGGUAGUGGGAUUGGGGAUACAUUACUCAUAACCAUGUGAAAUUGUAGAGUCUUAUUUGAUGAUCAAGUUGAUAAGAGGCACCUAGGUAAGACAUUGAUCUGUAAUUUAUUGUCUCUGUGGUAAGUAGUAAAUUAGGUUUCUACUGAAAACAAACCUUGUACUGUACAAAUAAAUAGCCUGUGUUGCAAUGACAGGAAAGCUGUGGAGACUGUUUAAAUUUAAUGAUACAGGCAUUAGAAAGGUCUGAACUUGCCUGAACUUAGUAUUUCUGUUCUAUCAUCAAGGAACAGCGCCAACUGAAUUCCACCCUAUUGUAUAUUUUGUUUAUUCUUAUUAGCCAGUCAUUUAUUGCAUGCAUAUCUUAUAUCCCACAGUAUGUUUCUAGUACAGAACGUUUCUGUUGCUAUUCUCCCCAGUAUGACUUUUUCAACUCUGCUGAAUUGAACAUAUUGUAGAGUUAGCUAUGUGAACUACUCAUUGGUUUGUGUGUUAGUGCAGUAGGUUACAACGUCCAAAUAAGGAGAAAACCUAUGAGAUAUUUGUUGUUGAAAGAUUGUGAACUGCAUGUCUAGUUACAGUGGACUUAGUGUACAUAUUGAAUUGAAAAGUGGGAUGGUGUUAGUCAAUUAUAACGGGAGUGAGACGCUACACUACAUUUCUCCAUUGGACUGGGUUAGACCAAAAGACAUUGUAAUUUGUAGGUAAUGCAUACAGGUAACUGCCAAAAUAAAGGAAACGACAACUUUAAGGGCGUUGGUAAUAGAUUCUACAAGUGUCUGGAACUCUAUUGGAGGGAUGCGACACCAGUCUUCCACGAGAAAUUCCAUCAUUUGGUGUUUUGUUGAUGUUGGUGGAAAACACUGUCUUGUUGCCGCUUCAGAACCUCCAUAAGUGUUCAAUUAGAUUGAAAUCUGGUGACCGACACACCCACACACGCACACAAUUUAAACCCCUAUGCUCCUUUGGGAACCCUCUUUCAAAGUCACUGAGAUCUAUUCUAGCCAUGGUUUACAUGACCCGUGUGGAAACACCUGCUUUCAAUAUAUACUGAACUAAAUAUAAACACAACAUGUAAAGUGUCGGUCCCAUGU